AUCAACGAUUGCGGUUCCCGAGUGGUGUGUUUUUGUUUCGGUGGAAUUUUCUUUCGAUCCUGUUUGUUCGAAGCUACCCAGGACAUUCAGCGCAAGCGUAACCGUUUCCGAUUGAGUGUUCCAGCAAUAAAGCUCAUCGCACCGUCACAAUGGUAGCUGCGACAGGGGAUCAACUGCGAUUCGAUGGCCGGGUGGUGGUGGUAACCGGUGCCGGUGCUGGUUUGGGUCGUGAAUAUGCACUACUGUUUGGGGCACGCGGGGCAAAGGUCGUCGUCAACGAUCUGGGCGGAAACUUUCACGGCCAGGGCAAAUCGAAUGCCGCCGACAAGGUGGUGGAGGAGAUCCGGGCUGCCGGCGGAACCGCAGUUGCCGACUACAACUCGGUCGUGGAAGGUGAAAAGAUCGUCGAAACGGCGCUAGCAAACUUUGGCCGCAUCGACGUACUGGUGAACAAUGCGGGCAUCUUACGCGAUCGUAGUGUGGCGCGUAUCUCGGACGAAGACUGGAACCUGAUCCACGAUGUGCACCUGAAGGGAAGCUUCGCGACAACGCGGGCCGCGUGGCCGGUGAUGAAGAAGCAAAACUAUGGCCGCAUCAUCAUGACGUCGAGCAAUUCAGGGGUGUACGGAAACUUUGGGCAGGCAAACUACAGCGCGGCCAAGCUAGGGCUGGUUGGGCUCGCCAAUACGGUCUCCAUCGAGGGCGCGAAAAACAACAUCCACUGCAACGCGAUCGUCCCGACGGCUGCUUCGCGCAUGACCGAAGGCAUUCUGCCCGACAUCCUGUUCAAUGAGCUGAAACCGAAACUGAUUGCACCAGUGGUGGCCUAUCUGUGCCACGAGUCGUGCGAAGACACGGGAUCCAUCAUCGAGAGUGCCGCCGGUUGGGCAACGAAGGUACACUUUGUGCGCGGCCGUGGAUGCGUUCUGCGCACCGCGAUCGAUGAGGACGUCUCUCCCGAGUACGUGAAAAAAGUGUGGCACCGCGUGACGGAUAUGUCCGAAGCGAAGCACCUGAACGCAAUCGGUGAAGCGAGCCUAGGCCUUGUCGGAGUGCUGGAGAAACUGCGUGACGGGCAGAAUAACGAAAACUCCGUCACCGAAACAUUCCGGUACAACUACAAGGACGCCAUUCUGUACGCGCUCGGUGUCGGUGCAACGGUAACCGAUGCCACGGACUUGAAGUUCCUGUACGAAAACAGUCCGGACUUUUCCGUGCUGCCAACGUUCUUCAUCCUGCCCGGGUUGCUGGCCGUCAUGGGAUCGAGCUUGACGGCAAAUGCCAUUAAGCACACAACUUUCGAUCUGACCAACAUCCUGCACGGAGAACAGUACAUCGAGCUGUUCGAAGCUCCACCAACCGAGGGCGUACUGACCACAACUUCGACCGUGCUUGACGUGGUGGACAAAAAGUCCGGUGCGCUGGUCAUCACGCAAUCCGAUUCGUACGAUGAAAACGGAACUCUGAUCGCUCGCAAUCAAAGCUCCACUUUCGUGGUCGGUGCGGGCAAUUUUAAUGGCAAAACCAAAGCGGGACCGGACGUCAAGGCGCUCGUUCCUGCACCGAACCGGGCACCGGAUGCGUCGGUGAAGGUUGCGACGAGCAAGGAUCAAGCCGCUGUGUACCGGCUGUCGGGUGACUUGAACCCUCUCCACAUCGAUCCGAGUUUUUCGGCCAUCGCGGGCUACAAAAUUCCCAUCCUACACGGUCUGUGCACGAUGGGCGUCUCGGUAAAGGCGGUCCUGAAACAGUUCGGCGGCGAUGAUCCGAGCCUGUUCCGGGCGGCCAAGGUGCGCUUCACGAAACCGGUUCUUCCCGGCCAAACGCUGCGCGUGGACAUGUGGCGCGAACCGAACAAUCGUGUCUGCUUCCGCACGGUGGUGGUCGAAACAAACGCCGAGGUGCUGUCGGGUGCGUACGUUGACUUCAAGCAGAUCGUUGUGAAACCAAACAUGACUGCCGGAGCUGCCCUUCAGAGCGAUGCCAUUUUCGCCGGCAUCAAGGAACGCGUGGCGGAAAACGAGGCGAAGGCAAAGGCGAUCAACGCAGUGUUUCUGUACAAAAUCACUAGCAGCGGCAAGGUGGCCAAGGAGUGGGUGCUCGACCUGAAGAACGCCAAAGUUUACGAGGGACCGGUGCAAGGCGGUAAAGCGGACACCACUAUGACGGUAGCCGAUGCCGAUAUGGUCGAGCUGGCGCUCGGUAAACUGCAGCCGCAGACGGCUUUCAUGAAGGGCAAACUGAAGAUCACGGGCAACAUUAUGCUCGCGCAGAAGUUGGCCCCUCUGCUCAAGACGGAGGCGAAGCUGUAGACUUCCGAUCAUUCGUCGCAAUGCGCUUAGUGUUUCCCCUUUUUUUAUGGGAACCGGAAGUGCGAGAAGCCGCAGGGCUUUCGGUGAAUGGUCUGCUGUUCUAGCUCCGAUUAACAUUUAACAGUACCGCACACAUUUCCAGUAACUUACUUUCGGUAAGCGGUAGGGUGGACCCACAGAGUGGGGUCGUAAGCAGUCGAUCAAAGCUGAACAACGAACACGAGAAGGGUGAUUAGCUAUUAGCUGGUGGCUUUACACCAGUCCCCAUGUUUUUUUAAUCUGUUGAUAACGUUGCGAUGCAGCGAUUGUGAAGUAUUUUCGUUGUUUGUUUCUUUUUAUUUUGCUUUUACGGGUUCUCGUUCAAUAUGUGUCACAGUCACAGACGGAAAAGAAGCUAGUGUCUUACACGGUGGGGCUAAGGGCAAUAAAUAUGUUUGUAAAAUAAGGUGUA